AUGUGUUUCGGCUCAUCGCGAAGAGAGCCGCAUGACUCACCGCCCCCGCGGCGGCUCGUAUACCACAGCCCUGACGCCUACAGCCAGUCCACAUACACCAAAGACUACAAGAGAAACAAGCGUCGCGCAGGUCAAAAUGCUGGUGCUGCUGGUGCUGCUAGAGGUGGGGAUGGUGGAGGUGGAUAUGGGGGAUAUGGUAGUAGUGGAGGUGUAGGCCAUGGAGGUCACGGAGGUGAUGGAGGUGGAAGUGGUGGCGGCGGAGGUGAUGGAGGUGGUGGAGGUGGAGAUGGUGGCGGCGGGUGCGGCUAG